GUGCGAUGGCAGUGUACAGCGAUACUCUCAUGAGCGUGGGGAAGGCGGUGGACGCCGCGUGGGCGAAGCGCGGGGAGUACAUCGCAGGGAAAGCAGGGUACGAGGCUAUCCAUAUCGAAAGCGUGCGCAUGGCGCAUCCUGCAUUUCCCAUCUUCGGUUGCGCGUUGGCCACGACACCCGUUCUCUGCAACGGGGCCCGCGUCAAGUUGUGGGGGUCGUUCGACCCCGUCGCGGCCAUGUGCUUCAACGUGAACGAGUCUCAGACGAGGAAGUCCCGCUUGACGCAGAUGGCCGAGAAGCUGACCAGGCCCGUGGACAUUGCAGUGAGCAAGCGGCUCGAUAUGAUUUGGAAGCUCAAGGCGCUGGCAGAGAAGGCGGAGCAGCCCGCCGAUGCGCCUGGCGAUGAAGCGGCAGGCGAGCAUCCGCAGGCCGCGGCGGGCGAGCACACGUCGUACUCGGCGUUCCCUGGCGCGUGGUCCGUGGCGUACGCGGGCGGCACUAUGGAGCGGUGCAAAGAGAGGUGCGCGGGUGAUUUUACGCAGACGAAGGUCACCAAGAAGGGCGGCAAGUUCCCCGCGCUCUCUGCCGACGCCGUGAAGGAGAAGCUGCCUGGCGCCACGGAUGCGGAGAUCAAGAUGGCGAGCCGUCCUGGCAUGCAGGGUCGCCUGUACUUCGGCCAAGGCCUCAUCUUCGACGGGGCCUACGACAUUCUCCAGGAGCUGGCGCUCCUGGGCAAACCAGGCGCGAAGAAGACGGACGACGUGGCAUCGGGGCAAACGCCCAACGCAGGGUGGGCGAACCGCCUCCUGCAGAGCGGGCGCUCUGAUCACGAGACAAAGACGGUCGGCUGCCAAGGCGGCAUUGACGCGCCGUCUGUCAACGCCGCCGUCAUUGGGAAUCUGCACCCAACUCCCGCCAUCGAGAUGCGCAGGGGCCUACGAGGCGACCAUGGGUGCCAAACUCGGGCUCGGGUGCUCUUCGCGACAGGGGGGCCCAUUCAGCCGCGCCAGGCGGUGGAGACGGUAGGGGAUAUCGUGGCCAAGGUCGAGUACUUCGAGAUUGCGGAGGUUCUGCAGGUGCACCUGGGCUUUGGAGACGCGCUCAAGAACGUGGAGGGCGCCGUGAAGUACUUCGAGCAGAGCGUGGCAAACCUGGGUGAGGAUGAACUGGAUGCCCAGAUCAUGGAGGCAGUGAAGCUCCCGUUCGUUCCAGACGAGCAGGGCUGGGAGCAUGAGCUACCUGACGGGGUGGCCACGCGCGUGCGCAUGGCCUGGAAGGGUGACAAGUACGUGCCUGAGUGGGCGCUCGCGGUCCGCGACAUCGACGUGCCCGAGGGCCGCGACCUUUGCGCGGCGGCGGGCAAGUUGGUGGCGGCGUUCAAGAAUGACCGCUGCGACAUGGGCUUCGACUCGAAGGCCAAGGGCGCGUUCUUGUCGUACGCCGCGUGGUUCCAGAUCAAGGUCAAGCAGAACCGCGACAAGAACAACAGCUCCGCUGCUGCCGAGGAGCAGGUCCACCGCGCCUACGCCCUGCUCCAGGUCUUCAACGCCGUGUCCGAGGGUUUCCGCGGCGACGGCGACGCCCCUGAGCCCGAGAAGGAGCAGCCGCGCACGGACUUCAAUUUGGAGCGGCGCGCGCAGGAGUCCGCGUUUCUCGACAGCGACGUGGCCAGGCGCAUCUUGCUGAAGGGCGCCGCGGUGAGGGAUGGCCCCGACGACCAGUUCGGCGUCUCGUCCCGCGCAGCGUGGUCGCUCUUCUCCAAGAAGGAGCUGGGCGAGGAGGACAAGUUCAGCGUGCACUCCUUCCGCGCCGUGGCGAAGCGGUGCCCCGAGGUGCUUGGGGAGUUCGACGAGGAGACGGAUGCGCUCGUGUUCCACGUGCCCGCCGACGGGGAGGCGGCGCCCUCUGGUUGCGCUGAGGCGCUCGCUGGCUUCGCGAACGUCAAGGCCGAGGAGCUGAUCGAGAAGAUGAAGUCCAAGAAGCUCGAGACCCGCGGCGGGGACAAGCGCAGCGGCGGCGGCGGGGAGAGGCGCACCUCGGGCGCGAAGAAGCAGAAGGGGGGGUGGGCGGCGGCCAGCGUGGGCCGACGUCCGAAGCCGCGCAGCGACGUCCCUGGCGUCUCCACCGUUGCCCCUGUCUGCUUGACCGCCUUCGCGGCUGGCUUCAGCGGGCCCGCGGUAGAGUCGCCUUUCGCGUUCCUGGAGCAGAUGCAGCGCCCGCUGAAGGUCACGCGCGUCGUCGACACCUGGGGCCUCAGGGGCAUCAUCGUGGCGCUGCACUUUGGACUUGCGCACGCGCAGGCGCGGUGCUGGCAGAAGAAGUGCCGCGGGCGCGUGUCGCUGCGAGAUCGCCCCCGUCACGAUCGACCUGGCGUCUUGAGGUGCGCGUGGCACUGUCCGUGUUGCCAUGCGACAAAGGGCGUGCAAGGACUGGGGGUGCUGUCGCGCACCAGGCAGGACCACUGGGCAGCGUUCUUCUACUUCCUCUCAUUCCUGUGCAUCGAUGUUCGCUGGAGUGUCGUGCUCGCCGAGCUGAAGCGCAAGUUCCAGAUGGGCCCGCGGAGCAAGUACGUGCCGAAGUGGCUGAACCACGCCCAGAAGGACAUGAACACCUACAUGAACGGCUCGGCGCCCUACGCCCUCGGCGACAGCAAGAGCGUCGUCGUGGUGGACGAGACGGCGCGGGGGAAGGGAAAGGGCGUGUCCAAGGCGCCCGUGAAGCCAGGGGGGCAGAGGCGGCGCGAGCUCGCCAGGGUGCGGAUCAAGAAGCGCUUGCCAGCUCGCACCACGUGGACGAAGAAAGGCGAGGCUCUUUCCCAGGAGAUCAAGGCGAGGAUGGCGAAGCGCACGCCUGGGCCGAAGCCGAAUCGGCGCACGCGGUGGGUCUGGUUGGCCACCCUCGUGGGCGCGAAGGACGGCGAGAAGUGCACGCACGACAGCGGCAAGAAGCAAGUGGUCGCCAGGCUGCUCCCCAUGGCGCACCAGGCUAGACACGGCAAGCCGAGGGGCGAGGAGGAACUGAAGACGCUGUUCCAGCGGCACGCGAAGCGCGGCGCCAUCUCGGUGACGGAUGAGUGGGCCGGCACGGUUGCGGCCAUCAAGCGCCUGCGCCGAUCGGGACAGCACAAAGUGGUGGUGCACAAGGACGAAUGGAGGAACAAGGAGGGCUGGCACACGAACGACGGCGAGUCGGAGAACGGCCGCAUGAAGCAGUGGGCUCGUAUUCGACACGGGAAACUCCCUGUGGUAGUGCAGAGCCUCCUGGAUGAGUACAUGUUCGGGGUGAACGUCGGGCGCAGCUUCGACAACGUUACGUCCGCGCUGUCGUCGGGGAUCGGCGGGGGCGGGUUGCCUCCUGGCGCGGACGACCG